ACCGAUCGAUCCGGUGCGAUAAAACAAGGGCUUGUGGACCUGGACAGACUUUUAAGCAGUAAAAUAUAAAUCUCUGGAAAACAUUAACUGUUAGGCUAUCUCCAAAAGGCUUUGCUUUUCACAGAGAAACAGAAAGCUCCUUUUGGUGACGAGCCCUUGGAAAAACACUGAAGAAAUACAAUGGACGCCAGGGAGGAGAGCUUUCUUAAGCAAAGGCAAGUCUUGCUUCUCUUUGUUUUUCUAGGUGGGUCUCUGGCUGGGUCCGGGUCUAGGCGCUAUUCUGUGGCUGAGGAAAACGAGAAAGGCUUCUUAAUAGCCAAUUUAGCGAAGGAUCUGGGGCUCAGGGUAGAAGAACUGGAUGAAAGGAGAGCUCAGGCUGUUUUCAAAGGGAACAUACAGUAUUUUCAGCUCAACCAUCAGACCGUAGAUUUGCUCUUGGUUGAGAAAUUGGACCGGGAGGAGCUGUGCGGUUCCGCAGAGCCUUGUGUGCUGCACUUUCAGAUACUGCUGCACAAUCCUUUGCAGUUUAUUACGAAUGAGCUCGAGGUCAUAGAUGUAAAUGACAACGCCCCAGAGUUUUUUGAAAAUGCAAUGCAGCUCAAAGUCCUGGAAAGUUCCCCACCCGGGACAGUAAUUCCUUUGGGAAAUGCUGUGGACCCGGACGUGGGAAGAAACGGACUCCAGAACUACACGGUCUCUCCCAGGUCCCAUUUCCACGUUCGCACCCGUCUUCGGAGGGAUGGAAGGAAGUAUCCAGAACUUGUGCUGGACAGAGUUCUGGAUCGGGAGGAGCAGGCAGAGCUCAGUUUAACUCUCACAGCCCUGGAUGGAGGAUCCCCACCUCGGUCUGGCACUGCCCAGGUCCACAUCCUGGUCUUAGACAUAAACGAUAACGCACCAGAAUUUACACAGUCACUCUAUGAGGUUCAAAUUCUAGAGAAGAGCCCUGUUGGCUCUGUCAUUAUCUCGGUCUCAGCUUCUGACUUAGAUACGGGGAAUUUUGGUGAAAUAUCGUAUGUGUUUUUCCAUGCUUCUGAAGAAAUUCUCAAAACUUUUCAACUAAAUCCCAUUACUGGUGAGAUAAAGCUAGUUAAACGUUUGGAUUACGAAACAAUUAAUACUUACGAAGUUGACAUAGAAGCCAAGGACGGUGGAGGCCUUUCGGGAAAAUGUACAGUCAUAGUCCAGGUAGUUGAUGUGAACGAUAACCCACCAGAACUGAUUUUGUCAUCAGUUACCAGUCCUAUCCCUGAGAAUUCAGCAGAGACUGUGGUGGCUGUUUUCAGUGUGGCUGAUUUAGACUCUGGAGAUAAUGGAAAAGUAACCUGUUCCAUCCAGAACGAUCUCCCCUUCAUCCUGAAACCAUCUGUAGAGAACUUCUACACUAUAGUGUCUGAAGGAGCACUGGACAGAGAGAGCAGAGCCGAAUACAACAUCACCAUCACAGUCAGCGACCUGGGCACACCCAGGCUCACAACCCAGCACACCAUAACAGUGCAGGUCUCUGACGUCAACGACAACGCCCCUGCCUUCACACAAAGCUCCUACACCCUGUUUGUCCAAGAGAACAACAGUCCCGCCCUGCACAUAGGCACCAUCAGUGCCACAGACUCAGACUCAGGCUCCAAUGCCCACAUCACCUACUCAAUGCUGCCAACCCUCGACCCGCAGCUGGCCCUCUCCUCGCUCAUCUCCAUCAAUGCCGACAAUGGGCAGCUGUUCGCGCUCAGGGCGCUGGACUAUGAGACCCUGCAGACCUUCGAGUUCCUCGUGGGCGCCACAGACCAAGGCUCGCCUGCCCUCAGUAGCCAGGCGCUGGUGCGCGUGCUGGUGCUGGACGCCAACGACAAUGCCCCCUUCGUGCUCUACCCGCUGCAGAACGCCUCUGCGCCCUGCACAGAGCUGCUGCCCAGGGCGGCGGAGCCUGGCUACCUGGUCACCAAGGUGGUGGCAGUGGAUCGCGAUUCUGGCCAGAACUCCUGGCUGUCAUUCCAGCUGCUCAAGGCCACGGAGCCAGGGUUGUUCAGCCUGUGGGCUCACAAUGGCGAAGUGCGCACCUCCAGGCUGCUGAGUGAGCGCGAUGCGCCCAAGCACAGGCUGCUGCUGCUGGUCAAGGACAAUGGCGAUCCUCAGCGCUCAGCAAGUGUCACUCUGCAAGUGUUGGUGGUUGAUGGCUUCUCUCAGCCCUACCUGCCUCUACCCGAAGUGGUGCGCGACGCUGCGCGUGACGAUGACGUGCUCACACUCUAUUUGGUCAUUGCCUUGGCGUCUGUGUCUUUGCUCUUCCUCUUGUCUGUGCUUCUGUUUGUGGGGUUGAGGCUCUGCAGGAGAGCCAGGGCAGCCUCUCUGGGUGGCUGCUCUGUGCCUGAAGGACACUUUCCUUCUCACUUGGUGGAUCUCAGCGGCGCGGGAACCCUGUCCCAGAGCUACCAGUAUGAGGUGCAUCUGACCGGAGACUCUGGGACUGGUGAGUUCAAAUUCCUGAAUCCGGUGAUACCAAACCUGUUUAUGGAAGAUUGUGAGAGAGAAGUUAAGGAAAAUCCCCACUGCAGAAGUAGCUUUGUAGUCAGCUAAGUGUUGUAAAUAGUUCAUCAUCGCUCAGUUGCGUUAAACUUGUUGUAACUGUUCUUUUAAGAAGUUAUAUUAUUCAAUAGCUUUAAACCAGUAAUUCAACCUAUGGUAUCCCAAAAAAAUAGCUCUAAACUUGUUACU